GGGACUAAGGGAGAGAUAUUGGUGAAGAAGGAUAAGCAGGGAAGGCGGCGCCAUGGCGGAGACCGCGCUGGGCAUGGCCACGACGCUGGUGGGCAGCGCGCUCGGCGUCGCCUCGUCGGCCGCGAGGGAGGAGAUGGGCCUGCUGCUUGGGGUGCAGGAUGACAUCUGGUUCAUCAAUGUCGAGCUGAAGAUGAUGAGAGCUUUUCUUAGGACAGCCAGUGUGGCAGAGGGGAACACUGAGGUGUUGAAGGCUUACCUGGAGCUAAUCCGUGAGUUGGCAUAUGACACUGAAGAUUGCCUUGAAGAGUUCAUGGUUUUGAUCAAGCAUCAAAGCCUUUUGCAGCAGUGCCUCAGCUUACGAGCACGCCAUCAUAUUGCCGUCCAGAUACGGUCAGUCAAACAAAGGAUCCAAGAGCUAAACCAAACAAGGAAGAGGUACAAUCUGAUCCAGCUCACACACACCAUUUCUGAUGACAUGACAAGAGAUUUCCAGAUGGCACGAAAUUUUGCAGCUCUGUACACCGAAGAAGCCCAACUUGUUGGUUUUGAGGGGCCAAAGGCUGAGCUCCUAGAGAUGAUAUACAGCAAGACUGAUGGCCGGAAGGUGGUCUCAGUUGUUGGCAUGGGUGGUCUUGGCAAGACAACUCUUGCCAAAAGGGUAUACGAUAGCAAUGAGAUCCAUGAAAGAUUUGUUAAUCGUGCUUGGAUUUCUGUGUCACAGUCCUUCAACAUCAUGGAGCUCCUCAAGGAUCUCAUCAAACAACUUUUGGGGGCUGAGUCCCUGAAAGAUCUGUUGAAGGAAAAUCCAGGGAUGAUUUUGCAAGUGCAACAUUUCACCGACCACCUAACAAAAAAGCUUCGUGGGAAAAGGUAUUUUGUUGUUCUUGAUGAUUUGUGGACAACUGAAGCAUGGAACUCCAUCCGGUUUGCUUUCCCAACGCAUUCCAGUGAAGAUGGUUGUGUAGUAGUGACUACACGAAAUAGUGAAGUAGCUGAAGUGUGUAGUUCCCCUUACCUACUAAUCCACCACCUCAAAGCCCUAGCAAAAGAAGAUGCUAGAGAGUUGCUCCUAAAAAAGCUACAUAAACCCAGGGAUCCAGAAGAAGAUAAACUAUUAGAUGAGAUACUGAAGAAAUGUGGAGGCUUACCAUUAGCUAUUGUAACAAUUGGUGGCCUUCUUGCUAACAAAGGCAUAAACGAGUGGAAGAGUUUGCGUAACCAACUACCAUCCGAACUUACAAGCAGCAAUGCAAGCCUUGAAGCUCUAAGGCAAGUGGUGACCCUGAGCUACAACCACUUGCCAUCUCAUCUCAAACCUUGCUUUCUGUAUCUCAGUCUCUUUCCAGAAGAUUUUGAAAUAAGUAGGAAACACCUUGUAAAUAGGUGGAUAGCUGAAGGGUUCAUAACAAGUGGUACUGAUCGGAGAACACUUGAAGAAGUUGCUGAGAGUUACUUCUACGAACUCAUCAGUCGAAGCAUGAUUCAAUCAUCUAAGAUAGAUAUUCUUGGAAAUAUAAAGACCUGCAGAAUUCAUGAUAUCGUGCGUGAUAUUGCAGUGACAAUCUCUAGGCAGGAGAACCAUGUAUUCCUAGUUGAUGAGCAAACUAGUAACACCAUGGGAACAAAAGAAAGCAUCCGUCAUAUAUCAUUAUUUGCUAGUAGGAAAUGGAACAUUGGCAUGGAUUUAAACCGAGUUCGCUCUUUUACUUUGUUCAGUGAACCUUUGGAGUCAAUAGCCUCACUUUGUUCAUCCAAAUUCAAGAUGUUGAGGGUUCUGGAUCUCAAAAAUGCUGAAUUCAGUGUAAGGCAACAAGACAUACAAAACAUAGUAUUGUUGCUACACUUGAAGUACUUGCAUUUCCCUGGAAGGUCAAGUGUUUAUGCUCUUCCAGGAUCCAUAGGAAAUCUACAUGGCUUGCAAACUCUGGACAUACGGAAAUCAAACUUUGCAACCCUACCGACAGCAAUCACUAAACUUAAAGAUCUUCGCAGUCUCCAGUGUAGCAGGACACAAUGUGCAUAUUUUAGUAUAAGUGAACUUGGAGAAUGGCCGUGUGAUGCCUUAGAUUUAAUAGAUACUGAUUAUGCAAUUGCCGACCUGCACAUGGGCUUCUCUAGCUGUUGGUCUGGUUCAUCUGGCAUUAAAGUGCCGAAAGGAGUGGGAGGCUUAAAAGAGUUACAAGUGCUAGAGAAAGUGGAUAUUAAGCGAACAAGCAGGAAAGCUAUUAAAGAGCUAGGGGAACUAACUCAGCUGAGGAAGUUAGUUGUGAGAGGGAGAAGAGUCUCCAAGAAGAAGUGCAAGACAUUUUGUGAGGCUAUGGAGAAGUUGUCUUCCCUCCGUUCCCUCAAUGUGAGUACUAAGGAGCGGGGAAAAGAUGCUGAGACGCUGGAUAUGUUAGUUUCUUAUUCAUGCCCUCUCCCCUGUCUUGAGACGUUGAAACUAAAAGGGCAUCUUCUGGAGAUACCUGCUUGGGUUGGUAAAUGUGGGAACUUGGUGAAGAUUGACUUCAAAUAUUGUGAGCUCAAGGAGUUGGAGGCAAUUGCGGUACUGCCCAACCUGACGCGUCUUCGUCUUUAUCAUUGGUCAUAUAGUUCACAGAUAUUAGUGUUCCGCAAGGAUGCAUUCCCAAAGCUGAGGGUCCUACAGCUUGGUUUUGCUGAGGCACUGAGGGAGGUGACAUUUGAGGAGAGCACCUCACCUAACAUGGAAAGGAUAAGCAUUGCACAUUGCAAGUUGACAUCAGGGAUUAAUGGUAUCAAGCAUCUUCCAAAACUCAGGGAGAUUUCAAUUUUUCGUGUUGAGUUGGCGAAGAAAAAUAUGUUGCGAGAGGAAGUAUACACACACCCCAAUCACCCUCUGCUCCGAUGACGCCUCCCUCCUCGGCAAUGCGCAACAGGUCAGCCCUUGCUCCUGCACAUCAUCAUCGACAUUCUUCAGCCCUUUGGAAACAUCACUCCGUUCAACUGCAUGUAUCUCCUGUCGUGUGAACUGCUCCAUCAAUUUGUAUCCUUGUAGCUUGUGCUUGCUUACUCUUGUGUGUAAUAACCCGGCCAGCAGACAUGUUUAUUGUAUUCUACUGCAUGCAUGCUCGUGCAAGUAAUAGUCACAACUGUUCUUCUGUAUGUAUGUGUAUUCAUGCUGUCGGUGGUGCUUGGCCUUGUCUGUAACAAUCACCAGACAUGUUAUUUGUAUGUCAGAUUGUCAGUGUGU